UAUUCCCCUGCAUCAACCACUGCCGUCGACUAGCAGCAUUCUUCUCGCCCCCGGCCGUUUCCAGGAAAAACAACAGCAUGGAUUAUGCAAGUUCAGAGACAACAGUUAUGCCGCUAGAUUUAUUACGAGAAAUUACUAAUGAUUUCUCCGAGGAGCGUAGGAUUGGUAGCGGUUCCUAUGGAAAGGUUUACCUGGGAGUGCAUCAACAUGGCAAAAGGAUUGCUGUGAAGAUACUCUAUGACAUGCCAGGAAUUGAUGAUGAGCAGUUUCAGAAUGAGUUUAACAAUCUUACAAGGCUCAGACACCAAAAUAUUGUGCGAUUAGUUGGCUAUUGCCACAAUAUUCAGGAAAUACAAGUAGAAUACAAAGGUAAAUUGGUUCUUGCUGAAAAGACACAUAGAGCGCUCUGCUUGGAGUAUAUGUCUAAUGGAAGCCUUGACAAGUAUCUUUCUGAUGAGUGUGAUAGAUAUGAUUGGCAGACAGGCUAUGGAAUAAUUAAGGGGAUUUGCCAGGGUUUGAAAUACCUCCACAAUGAAUUAAAACCUCCUAUUUAUCAUUUGGAUUUAAAACCAGCCAAUGUAUUACUGGAUGAGAACAUGGUUCCCAGAAUCGCAGAUUUUGGGAUGUCAAGGCUCUUCAGAGAUGAAAAAACACGAGCUACAAAUAGUUCUUUAGGAACAAUUGGGUAUUUACCGCCGGAAUACAUUUGCAAUAAUUUAAUCUCAAAUAAGUUCGACAUAUUCAGCUUGGGUGUUGUAAUCAUAAAGAUAAUGGCAGGACGUGCGGGCUACUUCAAUAGCGCUAACAUGUCUUCCCAGGAAUUCAGUAAUGUUGUGCAGUUAAUCUGGACAAAUAGGCUACUUGAAACAUCAAACCUGAGGAAGGCAUAUUCCGAACAAGUAAAGAUAUGCAUCGAAAUAGGUUUAAGUUGUGUGCAGGAGGACCGACACAAAAGGCCAACUAUACAGGAUAUUGUUGAUAAACUGAAUGCCACGGAAACAGAGUGUACUUAUGCAUCAAGAAAUGACCUGUCGUUGAUGUGCCAGAUUAUAAAGGACGAUGAUCUCGAAGAGCUCCGAGAACUCAGUUCUAUUGAUUAUAGAAUUGUAUAUCACGGUAAAUGGAGAGGCUCUGAUGUUGCAAUAAAAAGAACCAAUCGGCGAUGUUCUUCCGACAGACUCCGGAAUGAGUUUUGGAACGAAGUAUCUAACCAUGCAGGUCUACACCAUCCCAAUGUUGUGGCCUUUUAUGGUAUUGUUCUAGAUGGACAUGGGGGAUCCAUUGCCACAGUUACAGAAUACAUGGUUAAUGGCUCACUUAGGACGGCUUUGUGGAAGAAUUCCAAGAGCCUUGGCCGACACAAGAGAUUAAUUAUAGCCAUGGAUGCAGCUUUUGGAAUGGAGUACUUGCAUCACAAAAACAUAGUGCACUUUGACCUCAAAAGUGACAAUUUACAUGUUAAUUUAACGGAUCCACGACGCCCAAUAUGCAAGGUUGGUGAUCUUGGACUUUCCAAAGUAAAGUGCCAGACGCUCAUCUCUUGUGGUGUGAGUGGAAUGCUUCCAUGGAUGGCCCCAGAACUUCUGAAUGGGACUACCAGCUUGGUCUCUGAAAAGGUUGACGUCUACUCUUUUGGGAUUGUUCUGUGGGAAAUCCUCACGGGAGAAGAGCCAUAUGCAGGUUUACAUUACGGUGCUAUUCUUGGUGGUAUUGUGAUGAACACUCUGCGGCCGCCGGUGCCUGACUCAUGUGACCCAGAGUGGAGAUCUCUGAUGGAGCAAUGCUGGGCGACAGAACCAUUACAACGCCCAAGCUUUACCCAGAUUGUUGCUAGAUUGCGCUCCAUGGCUGCAGCCAAGAAGGCGCAGCCCUACGGUAACUGAAUGCUGGAGCAUCGCCGACAAGUUCUUACAUUUAAGAAUUCAGUGUUGAAACUACUGAAAUAUACUCCCUCUGUUCCAAAAUAAGUGACUCCGUCCAUUUUUCGAUAGAAUGGUUGAAUUUUUUGU